AUGGAGCGACAAAACCGUCGUUCUUCCAUGUCUGUACAUUGUUUGAACCACCGUAGUUCCAGUAGUAGUAGUCUUAGUGUUUCAGCCUGCAGUAUCAGCAGUACAGUGAAUCAAAUCUAUCCAGCACCUUGUACGCAACCAUUGUCUUACAGUGCUGAUCAAUCGUGCGAAGACUACGAGGUCGUAUUCACGGAGGACAAGUUGGGGUUGACACUCAAGAACCAUGAGCAGAUCGAUCCAUUGGGCUAUCGAAUUCCAGAAACUAUCGUCAAGUCGACGAUCUUUAGUGUUGGACAAGUAUCGCACCCGAUUCGAGAAGGAGAUGUGCUGUUGUCAGUGAAUGGAGAGAGUAUUACAAAUUUGGAGUUUCAGGAUGUUUUGCGGAUACUAAAGAUUGCGUCCCGACCUAUUCGUCUUCGCUUUCGCACGAGAUCUACACUGCGACGAGCGUGGUCGAUGUCAGGCACGGAACAGCUGGACGUUAGUUCAAGAUGGUCGAGUUCGGGAAGUGUGGACAGCGAUCUUCGUGUACCGAUUGCAGACGAAGCUUUCUCGUAUCCUGAACGUCCUGGACUGGAAGAGGAUCGCGAUGAUUCGGACAGCCAAGAUGCCGUCAUGUCCGAAAGCUUUGGUGACGCUGAUAGUGCGCGAUCUACCGAAAAUAGCUCAGUGAUUACAGAGCUUACAGAUAUGGAAUUGACUUCACGUCGGCAAUCGUCGCGACUAGCUGCGUUUCUUCGUAAACCUUUUCGUCGUGGUGAUGGGUUUGAUGGUGCUCGGUGGGCACUACGAAUGGGCGUUGUGCCGGUCUCCCCUUGUACAGAGAUUUCGCUUGAGUCACCUAUUAAGGCCGCAAUUCUCGUACGCUGGCGUGUACACGCGAAGGCAGUGUCGUAUCACUUGCAAUUCUCUCGAGAUUGGACAAUGAAGGUAUGGAAGAACUGGUCAGGACGACCUCGACGAGAAAGUAACAAUGAGCUUGAGCUCGUCACGACGAUCGUUGGUCUUGACUAUUCGAAGAGUUACGUGGUACGUGUCCGCUAUGAAUUUAGCGACGGUCAUGGUCCGAGUGAGUGGAGCGUAGCAAGUACGCCUUUGUCAACAAUCAGUCAUGCUGAUGCCAUAUACUAUCGGAUUGCACAGCCAAGAGCAUAA